GUGUUUGAAAUAUGUGAAUAUGUGGAACAGUGGCUCGACUGUGAAUUAUGACGACAACUUUAGUAUGCACCUGUAAUAAUCCAAACAAGAAAACAAAUACGGUUCAAUGUUUAUUCGCUGUAGAGUUUUGUACUUGAAUACGGAAUUGAACAUUUUGUUCAUAUGUUGAGUUGAUUCCAGUCAUCGACUCGAGUUUCGUCUUUGAAGAAUUUCAGUAGAGUCAGCGUCUUUUUCAGCUGUUUAUCGACGUGGAAAGAACUACGAACAUUUGCCAGCAAAGAUAAGUCAAGGCAAUUGUCAAUGGAUUUUCAUGAUAUGUUUACUAUUUGAUGGGAACUGCAGAAAGUACUAAUGUGCAGGUCAAAAAAAACACAAAACCAUCCUAAACUGACUCUCAACGAGCCAAGAUUAUGUCGUUUAAUCGUCUAUGUAGUUUUGGCUUCCAUCCUUUUCACAGUUUCAUCUACUAUCAAAGUUGGUCUUAUCAUUGACGAUGAUGGCUCAACUGCUUUAACUUCACACUUCUCAAAAACCAUUACUGGUUUUAAUUAUCGUUAUUCUAUACACCCAAGCAUCGAAAUAAAAGAUGUUAUUCUCAAAUGGGAUACAAGAAGACCACCGCAUUAUAACUACGACAGCGUUCAAUCUAGUAUAAUACAAGCAAAUAUAAGCAUAGUUCUCAGUUUCCUUCAGUCCAAUACUGAUGACAUAUUUUGUUCCUUGAUGGCAAAUUCAAAUGUCAUUGUCAUAAAUCUACGGAGUGAAAGCCAAACAUCAAAUGAUCUUCAGCUGUCGCUUAAUCCAUCACAUGAAUUACUUGCUGCCGCCACAAAAAAUACCAUCAUGGAGUUUGAUAAAGGUCGAUUUACUUGCAUUACAACAUUUACCAAGAAAUACGACCCAUUCUGGAUUCAUUUCUUUCAAUACGUACGAAAUGAUAAUCGAACCCAUACCUUCCCAAAAUGCCUUGUUUUGGAGAACGAAGGUGAUGUUACUAAACUUCGCGCGCUGUUAGCAGCUAUUCGUGCGAGUGGAAUAAGGAUCAUUGUUGUUCAUGCAGAAUCUAAGUAUGUAUCGAGUAUUCUGAACAUUUCUCAGCAAUUAUCCCUUCAAACCGAUAUAGGAAAGGACAUCAGAUGGGUGCUAACGGACUUGUCAUCAACGAGUGAUUUAUUGUCAAUACCAUCGGGUACUAUUGGGAUUGCCAAAGCAUUCAAUCAAUCAAGGAAUGAAAGUCAAGGUUUGGUCGAUGGGAUGGAUCAAAUACUUAUCGAUGAUGCAAUAGCUGUGAUAGGGAGAGCCGUUGAUCGUCUUGUCCAGGGAAAUGUUGCCGUUUUACAAGAAAUGAGUGGACUUCAAGGUUUAACAGCUUCAUCAAAGCGUAAACUGUACAGUGAAAUCCUUAACGACAGCUUCACCGGUCAAUCAGGUUUAAUCCGGUUUUCGCCAGUCGGUCAACGUGUUAGUUAUGACUUCAUAGUCACCAAACUUGUGCAGCAAACUGACCAUUCACGACACUGGACUCCACUGGGCAGGGCAACGACUAUCCUAUCAAAAAACAUAGGAACCCAGUCGUUUACCGCUUUUACAACAGCAGACUUACCAAAACCUCGUCAUCUUAAGAUAGUCACAAUCAUACAUUCACCAUUUACUAUGGUAAAACAAGCGCUUUACAGCAAUAUCUUAGGAACCAGCUGUGACUCACAGUACAGUGUGUUAUGUAAAAGAUAUCGCAACACGAUCCCCACCCAUCGAAUGAUGCAUGGUUACCAUAGUAACGAACCUUAUGAAUUACUCUGUUGCUAUGGUAUCAUGAUUGACAUCUUGCUUAUGAUACAGAAGGAAACAGGAUUCACAUACGAGUUGUAUAUCGUAAGAGACGGAAAAUUUGGCUCAUUUGAUGAACAAACACAAAAAGUGAAUGGCAUGGUGGGUGAUGUGUAUCGAGGAGAAGCAGACAUGGCAUUAGCAACCUUAACUAUCACGCGCCAUAGAUAUAACUAUGUAACAUUUACCGCACCUUACAUGGGGACAUCGUUGGCUUUUCUCGUCAAGAGGCAGCCCAUUACGAAAUAUCCUUUUCCUGAAUCGCUUCAAGACAUGAGACUAUUGAAGCCAUUCAAGACUGAGUUAUGGCUGGCAUGUGGCGCAGCUUUUCUCAUAGUUUCUACAGCUGCUUAUCUGAUCGAGAAGUUGACCAAGUACAGACACACAACAUCUGAUUAUUUCCUUCCGUUUGAAUUCAUCACUUAUGUAUUUGGAAACAUAUUUCAUGUUCCUCUUACACGGAUUCAUGCCAAGUCGUUUGCAGUGCCCUGUCUUAUGGUCUGGGUGAACUGUGGUGCACUAGUUCUUAUUAGCUCGUACACGGCCAAUUUACUGGUAUCGCUUAUCGUGGUGGACGAAGUGACAAUCGUUAAAGGCAUCGACGAUACAAGGCUGGUGGAUCCAUCCAAAGAUUUCAAGUUUGGAACCAUAAAGGACUCGAGCACUGAAGAUUUCUUUCGAAAUAGUGAUGUUCCCCGUUUGAAGAAAAUCUAUGAAAACAUGAAAGAUUACAGCGUGCACAACUUUUCUGAUGGAAUCAACAAGGUGAAAAACGGUGACCUGUCUACGUUUAUCGGGGAGUCCGAUGCUCUUCAGUACAUUAUCGAUGAUGAUACUGAUUGUGAACUGAAAAUAGAUGGCAAACAAGUUGAUUUAGCAGGACUUGCAUUUGCCUUACGUAAAGAAUCAGAAUGGGAACAGGAAAUAACACAAGCUAUUUAUAAACUAAACAGCAGAGAUGAAAUCGCCAAAGCAUUUGAAAAAUGGACUAUAAGAAGCUGCAAGAAAGGUGAAAAUACAGUCCAGCCAUAUCGAUUCGGGUUUGAUGAAUUUGGUGGAUUUUUGUUCAAUACUGCCCUUUGCUGUGCUGGAUGUUUUGUUAUUCUUGGUUUAGAAAUCUUCUUGUAUCAUCGAAUAGCUAGAAAAAGGCAAAAAUUCUCUAUUCAAAUGUCAGAGUCGGUGUCGAAUUUAGUUUCAACUGUCUCCACACAAGCCAUCAAUGCGCAUGACAACAAUCAAUUUAACAUAGAACAAUCCAAUGGUCACGUGAAAGGAAAUGAGACUAAGAAUGGAACAUUUACAAAUCAUAUUGACAGCGCUUAAUGCGCUAACACAGCCCGGAGAGGAUCCUGGGAAGUAUCAAGUACUAGUCCUUUCUCUGACGUAAACUGGAAAAGAUCGACGCAAGAACACUAAGUUGGCAUGCGACUAACCUUGUUCAUACAUGUUGCAUGCAGUGGAUACUGAGUCCAGUAUAUCAUUAACUAUUCGUACUGCUGGUUAUCGUACAAAACGCGCCAUGUCGUAUUGGUCUAUAUAAAUAAUUUUGAAGUUAUCAGCGCCAUCUUGAAUGGUCAAAACGAGACGCUGGCUGAGCCUGCAGCGAUUGACACUGGUGAAAAACGCACUGCGCAUGCCCACAGCUUUCCCACCAGCGGGCGCUCGCGUCUUGA